AUGCCGAACCGUUUCGACACGUCGUUCUCACUUCCUACUGGCGCACUCUCUGCAUGCUUCUCUACUUCCCUGCUUCCCAUCGCCGGCGUCCGCCGCAGCCACACACAUUCGUUGCAGCUACACACGUUCUUGGCAACAGCAAGCCUUAAAUUCUACACUAGGCAUGCUUUUCACGUAGAAAGGAUGGUGAGCCUUUUUCAAGAGAUGGAUGCUGCUAUUGGCAGCAUUAUUCAUCAGAGAUCACCUAAAAAUGUGCUUAGUGAUAAACCACAAGGAGUACAUAAUGUACAAGAUAAGUCAUGUCAUUCACCCCUCUCCAAAAAAGUUUCACUUGUAGGAGAUGAACCAUCAGAAGUACAUAAUGGACAAGAUAAACCAAGUCAUUCGUGCCUCUCUAAAAAAGUUUCACUUGCAGGAGAUGAAUCGGCAGGAGUACAUAAUGCACAAGAUAAACCAAGCCAUUCACUCCUCUCUAAACUUGCAGGAGAUAAACCAAGCCAUUCACUCCUCUCUGAAACUGUGCCUGGUGAUAAACCAAGUCAUUCACGCCUCUCCAAAAAAGUUUCACUUGAAGGAGAUGAACCGCCAAGGGAACAUAAUGCACAAGAUAAACCAAGCCAUUCAUGUCUCUCAAAAAAAAAUUCACUUGCAAAAGAUGAACCAUCAGGAGUACAUAAUGCACAAGAUAAGCCAAGCCAUUCAGGUUUACAUGGUUUUCCAUCUUCCAAUUACAGAACUUCAAAAAGAAGAGUAGAUAAAGGAAACUAUGAAGCAAUGCAAAAUAGAAGCACGAAUUCUGAAGAAGUGUCCGGCUUAAAAAAACAUUUGAAUCUGAAGGAGUCCAGUUAUUUCCCUUCAUUUGGUGAAAAUUCUGAUUCUAAAUUGCACAAAUAUAAUAGUUAUCCUGAACAAAAUCUCAAAGCCUCUUCUCGAAUGAAAUAUGGUGCUUCUCGGCUCAAGAAUUUCAAGAAAGCAAAGACGACAAAGAAUGCAAAUUCCCGGAGUAAUGCUAGUCCAGAUUAUCACAGUGGUAGACGUUUGUUUGGUGAUGAAUGCGCAUUUUGCCAUUCGUUUCGAAUUACGGAGGUGAUGUAUAUGUGAAGUAUUGCCCUUCCCCUUUGUACUCAGUUUAAAUUUUAGUUAACUCAUGGUGUU